CUUGACAUCAUCAUCAUCAGGAGAGUCGAACGAGACAAGUCUGAUGACGGCGGGUGUGGGCUCGGAUUUGGUCAGCGACCGGCGAAGCGACUGGGAAGUCGAAUGAAGUGUUGGGCCCAAUGGGCUCGGAGUUUUGUGGUGGUUCGGAGUCGGAGUUGGGGUGGGGGUGGGGGUGGUUGUUGUCAGAAUUGUGGCGGGGGUUGUCGGUGUCGGAGAGGUCAAUGAAUUCCCAGAGAGAGUCUUGAUCGGAGUCUUCGAAUUGCAAGAAUUGGAAGACGACCCUCGCAACUGGGCCCGCCUCCGUCAUCUCCGAUCACCGCUAUGUUAAUUUCUAAUUUGUUAAUUUCUUGAAUUGAUUCUCCUCAAAAUGUCAUCGGUUCAGAGCCAAUCGAGCUCCGGCUCCGACGGAUCUGUGGUGGAUGACAAGAAGAGGAAGAAGAUGCAGUCUAAUCAUGAAUCGGCCUGGCGAUCGAGGAUGAAGAAGCUGAAGCGUGUGGAUGAGCUGACGGCGGAGAUCAGUCAGCUCCAGAUCUCGAACAGCCAAAUCCGGCAGAGCAUCGACGCCAAUGACAAAGCCUACAGCGAGGUGGAGGCCUGGAACAAUGUCAUGAGGGCUCAGGAGAAGGAGCUGACUGAUUGACUUCGCUACUUGGAGUUGGUUGAAUAGACUUUUGUGGAGUUCAGCGGCGUCUUCGAUGAGGACAUUAACGACAUGGCUGAGAUGCAUGACUCUCUGCUCAAUCCGUGGUAGCUUCCUUACGCGACUCAGUCGAUCACCGCUUCUUCUGUUGAUAUGUUUCUCGAUUGGCCAUGAUCAAUUGCAUUAGUCCUUUGCUUUUUGAUUGUUACUGUUAUAUCAAUCGUUUCUGUUUUCGGGUUUGUGUUAGUCUCUGGUUUCGAUGUCUAUAGUGGUAGCUUGUUUCAUGUAAUCAGUAUCAGCAUUGUCUGUGUAAUCCAAAUGUGUGUUCAAUAAAAAUAAAAAAAAAGGUAGUGUUGGGAAGAAGAUGAAGAAUCGGAGUUGGG